GUAAAUAUUUUUAAAGAUGGUAUCCUGAAUUAACAGCUGUGUUUUCAAUUUAUCUAUCCAACAAAUUAAUCUAAAUAAACUAUACAUAAAUAUUUAUUAAUAACUUACCCAUAUAAUUCUUUAUUUGUAUCUGUAAUACUUAUUUAGUUUACAGUAUAAGUUGUUAAAAAUGAAAGCACUAAUACAACGAGUCAUGAACGCUAGCGUAACCGUAAAUGGUCAAAUUAUUAGCAGUAUUGGACAAGGAAUAUGUGUUUUAAUUGGCAUAUCAAGUAAUGAUACUAUAAAAGACAUAGAAUAUAUCAUCCGUAAAAUUUUAAGUAUAAAAAUAUUUGAUGAUGAAUCAAACAAGAGGUGGAAGAAAAGUGUUGUAGACAAACAACUCGAGGUGCUGUGUGUGAGCCAGUUUACUUUAUAUAAUACUUGGAAGGGCACAAAACCAGAUUUCCAUAAUGCUAUGCCAGGAGAAAAAUCUAAGGAAUUCUAUGAAAAAUUCCUUCAAAUGUUGAGAAAUCAGUACAUUCCUGAUAAAGUGAAGGAUGGUGAAUUUGGAGCCUAUAUGCAAGUGUCAAUCCAAAAUGAUGGACCAGUAACGUUUGAAAUUGAAUCACCAAUGACAUUACCAAAUAAAACAAAAGGAAAUACAAUCAAAGGGGAGAAUAGCAAUAUAUCUGAAGUCCAGUCGAGUAGAGACAAAGAAAAUAUAUUAGAUUAAUAAUUUAGAUACUUAUAUAAUUGUAUAUAAAUUGUAAAGUAUAUUGUUGAAUAGUGUAUAUGUAAUAAGUAUGAAAUUAUACUUUACAAAUACACAAA